AUGUUUUCGCAACACGAAGACAGCGCGGGAGAGGAAUGCAAUGGCGAUGUUUCGAGCGACGAGCUGAUUGGUGGGCGAUACCGUCGCGUUCGUCGCGUCGGCGCGGGGUCGCAGGCGGUCGUGUGGGAAUGCGAAGAUGUUGUAACGUCGCAGCGGGUGGCAUGCAAGAGCUAUUUGAUGGCGCAGGCCCCGUUGCGCGACAUCGCGGCGGAGGUGCGAUCGCUGGAGAUUGUGGGCGACCAUCCGAACAUCGUGCGACUGCACGACGUGAUCGUUGGGCGACAGGGAAGCAGCCGAGCAGGCAGAGUAGCAUGCGAAGGGACAGGCGGAGCAGCAGGCCGAGUCGCGGAAAUAGGAGCAGGUGUAAGGGCAUGUAAAGCAGCAGAGGUGGAUAACUCGUGUAAACCUGAUAAAUCAUCCGCGCCUCGAAUUUCCGCCGUCGCAUCUCAGCCGUUGGAUCCAUCCAUUGACGCGAGCGUGCACGUGCUGAUGGAGCUGGUCCCUGGCGACGAUCUCCUCACGGAGAUUCUGCAGCGCGGCCCGCUUGCCGAGCCGCUCGCGUCGGCUUUGUUCCGACAGCUCGCAUCGGCCGUCGCGUACUGCCACGCGUCGGGGGUCAUGCACCGGGAUAUCAAGCCGGACAACGUGCUUCUGCUGCGGCCUCCUGAUUCCGCCAGCGGCGGGCCUCGCAUUGCGACGGGCCCUGCGACGGAACGUGCGACAGGAUGUGCGACGAGCGUCGCGGCGGCGAUGGGCGCGGCGACAGCGACGGAGCAGCAGAUGGCAGGAGCAACGGAGAGAACUGCGAGGCAAACGGGCGGAGCACGUGGAGCAGCACGUGGGGCAGCUGACCCGCCAAGCCAGGGUUUAGGGUUCCAACCACAUUACCUUCCGUCUUCCAAGGCUGUAUUGAAUGCCGGAGCCUCUGGAGCCAUAAUCGGAGCGAGCAGCGCCGCAUUGCCGCCAGCGGGCGGGGGGAGGAGGGCCGCGCGGGAGCCUCGUGCGGAGGAGGGAUUGUGGGGGUGGCUCAUCGGCGCGCGGCUGUUCCCCUCCGCCGCGGGCAGAGGCACGAGUUCCGACGGGCUCGGCGCGCAGGGGAGGGGCGGCAACAGUCCGCUGCGGGUCGUUCCGGGGAAGGUUGUGGGGAGGCGCUUCGCGGGGAAGAGCACGCGCGUUCAUCCCAUGGCGGGGGGGGAGGCGGAGGGGACUAUUGGCGCUGCGCUGACCGCGCAAUCCUCGCACUCCUCAAGCUCUUCUGCUUUCCCCUGGCUUUCUUCAGCCAGUUCUAUCCCCUUUGUGCCUACGCCCUCCCCAACCUCUGUCCUCCGCUCGCCCUCGAUUGUGUCACACUCUCUAUCACCCGCAUCCUCCACACCCUGCUGUCUUACAAUCACGACAGGGGGAGAGUUUGGGGAAAGGCGGUGCCCCCUCCUGCCCGCUUCCGCGGAAAGCAGCUCGUUUUCCGCCGUGGGAGCGGGGUGGGCGCACGUGGGUGCGGAGAGGGGCAUCUGGGGGGUGAAGCUGGCGGACUUUGCGCUGUCCACCGUGGUGGCGGGGGGCAUGCGCGGGGCAAUGGCGGACAGGGGCGCGGGGACGCGGCAGUACAUGGCGCCGGAGAUACUGCUGCUGGAGGUGCGGCGGAAAAUGGCCAGGGAGCGGCGGAAGGGAGGAGGGGGAGAGGCGGGGGGCAAGGGGGAUGCGAUUCAGGGCGAGGGUGGUGGUGGGGGUGCAGGGGGAACAGGGGGUGCAGGGGGAACAGGGGGUGCAGGGGGAACAGGGGAUGCAGGGUGCAGCUAUGGCAUGAAGGCUGAUGUGUGGAAUCCCAGCCUUGCACCAGUGGACAUGAACAGUAGUCUGCACAUUGACUUCGAGUCUCCUGGCUGGAAACCCAUCUCUGCAGCAGCGAAAGAUCUCAUCCGUCGAAUGCUCUGCAUCAACCCUGAUCAACGGCUGAGCUCGCUUGAAGUGCUGGAGCAUCCGUGGCUGAAUCAAGGGUCUGGUCGGGCAGUUGACUUUGAGGUCUGGGUAGAUGAUCUGCAGAUUUUCCUACAGUGCGAUAGGGCAGACGGUCUCUCCCUGUUUGACCUCAUUUCUGGUGCCUCUCCUGCCCCUGCUGCUGAUGCUGACGCCACUGUUCGCUCACAGUGGGCCACACGUGAUGCUGCUGCUCGCCUUGCUGUGCGCCGCCACUUACCGACCACUGAGCGUGCACACUUUAGCCAAUACAAGAGUGCUCAGACCUUGGACCACUUCCUCUCAGUUUGCCCCACCACUCUCACCGUUGACCUCCUCGAGAAGGCCCUCCUAGCAGCAGAGAAGAGUAUAGUCGCUGUAAGAGCCUCUCGUGGUGACCCUCGCACCCCCGUCUUUGAGGGGUGUUCCCCCUCCCCCCUCUUGCCCUCUGUUGCCUCUGCUGCUGCGGCCGACCUCGUUGGUUUCGAGUCGGUCGGCGCUGCGUCUGCCCCGAGCGGGAGACGCCGCACCGGCAAGGGCAAGGGGGGCAAGGACGCUAGAGGGGCUGGCGGGGGCGGUGGAGGUGGUGGUGGAGGCAGUGGAGGGGGUGGGGGUGGUGGUGGGAGUGGUGCCGGGGCUGGUGAGCAGUGCGGGGGCCCGCACUCCACCGAGCGCUGCUUCGGUCGCCUGACGGACGCGUGGCGUCGCCAGUUCCCUGAGGCGUCAGAGAUCCCUCGCUGGGGAGAUCUGUCUAGGGCGGGGGUUGCCGUCUUUGAUCUUGACUAUGAUGCUAUCCUUGCUGCCAUGUAUUCUAUGACUACUAGUGUAGAGGGUGACUGUUACCUGUGUGUACCGCCUGACCCGGGCAUUGAGGCCACUGCUCUAGGUGCUGGUGAGGCUGCUGCUCUAAGUGCUAGUGCGUCUGCUGCCCCAGGUGCCAGUGCGUCUGCUGUCCCAGGUGCCAGUGCGUCUGCUGCCCCAGGUGCUGGUGAGUCUGCUCUCUCAGGUACUACGUCGGCUCAGGCCUUCCACACCUUCACCCUUGACUCGGGUGCGUCCCGCUCCUUCUUUCGAGACCGCACCACUCUUACGCCGCUCAGUCGGCCGGUUGCAGUCUCCCUGGCAGACCCCUCUGGGGGUCCUGUCCUUGCUAGCUUCUCCAUUGUCUUACCGUGCCCGGCAGCCCUCUCUGGCACCCUGUAA